UUUCCAGUGUUCCAUUGUCGUCGUCGUUGGCUUCACCACUUCUUUCUUCUCGCUGUUGCACUCUUACGCUCACUACCCACGCUCUUUGACUUGCUCAAGCACCUGAAAAUCACCGUUUACCGACGCUCGUUUUCGCCCUAUCAGCAACAUUGACGGCAGACAAGAUGGACGAUACAAUGAAAUCCAUCGUAUCGGUUCAGUCUGUCGCUAUCCAGUCAAAAAUUUCGUUAAUCUCCGUUGCUGCCCAGUCCACAAUGACCCAGACCUCGCUGACCUCACCCGCGACAUCCAUCCCACGGACCUCAUCUGCAACAAUUUUCACGCUGACCUCUGUGACGUCUUUACGCAGGAGCAGCUCUCCGAAGUCUUCAAGCACCAUGCGUAAAGGCACUCAUUCUGCGACGCCCUCCAAUUCUCCAAGCGGUAAUGGAGGCGUCCCCGCUCCCGUAAUUGCUGUCAUUGUUGUUCUCCUUGUAGCGGCCGCACUUGUGGGGGUUUGGUUCUUGUUUCAGUGGAGGAAGAAUCGUCACAGAAGAGCCAAGAGUGGGCUUUGGCUUGAGAACGGGAAAUACCUCGACCAGAUGAGGACGCAGAGCGACGAGGGAAAAGUAGCAAGCCCAUAUGUAUUUGGAGGGAUGGGAAGUUCGGAUGCUCACAAGCCGGGCUCCACGCAUGAAGCCUUACCUCCUGUUUCACCGCCUCCCCCGGUGAUGUCGGACAAGGGGUCGAUGGUGAGUGGGGGAACAGGUCAGCACGCGCCUGUCCCACAUACUCCGGCAAUGGUCAGCACCGUCCCGUCCUCGGCAGACCCUUUUGCAAAACUUGCUCCGAGCCCUGUCCCGAGUGCCAUGAAUGCGCAGGCGCAUUCGCGUUCACCUUCACCCCUUCCCCCUGUACCCUCUCCGUACGUUCCUCGUCCUGAUUCGGGCCCGGUUUUGCUUUACUCCACCCCGAAGUCCGCACACGAGGCAUCUGGACCUCAAACUGCUGCUACUGCAAUGCCGGCAAUGCAUACUACCUCGCCUCUGAUGGUGCCUGCUCCCGCUGCAAAUGCUCCGAUGCCCCCUCCACCAUAUGUUGCUCAGACCGCAAAAAGUAACACAGCGUCAUUCCUUCACCUCCCUCCUGUUCCCAUUGAGCCUUUGGCUCUGAGCUCUGUAUCCGAUCCCCUCGCAUCACCUCAGCCGCAAUCCCCAACCGUCCCCGACCUUGCCUUACAACAAGAACAGGGAAGCCAACCGGACAAAAUGUUCGUGGUUGUCCGGACUUAUGUCCCUGCUCUUCUCGACGAAUUGAAUGUUAAUGUAGGCGAUCUCGUUCGGGUCAUCAACGAGUUUGAUGACGGUUGGGCUUAUUGCGAGAUGGUUGGCAACGAAGAUGGUUACGCGGGUGUUGUGCCACUCGAGUGUCUUGAUCGGAGUGCGAAAAUAGGACGGCCUGUGUCGAGAAAUCUGGGUGUCCCUAUGUUGAAGGGUCCCCCAAUGUUGCCGAGACGAAGCUCGAGAUGCAGCAGCUUCAACGUAGAUUUUGACAACGUGAGAGCGAACCCGACAUGGUAAGACGUCAAGCCCUUUGUGCGUUAGACCUCCCUGUAUCUAGCCGGUAUAGUGGCACCGCCCGUGCCCGCUAAUGCUGAAGCCGUUCUUUUCGGAUGAAACAAGUCUAUUGU